AUGACACCACACAGCGAUUCAAUGCUAGCACUAUCGCCUGGAAGGGGAUUAGGAGCAUUCAAGCUAGGCGAAUCACUCUACUCCACCCUAAACCAACUCCGCUAUAACCCAAUUCUAUCAACUUCAUCGAUAACGGUGCACGGCGAUAAUGAUGCAGUUCGUAGCAAUAUUCUCAUUAGACUCAAACCAAGCACUAUCGAUUUGUACUUUGAUGGCGUAACUCAGCGUCUUUCUAGCAUCACAAUAGCACUACCCAGUAUCUCGUUCGAUAUAAUCUACAAUUCGAAAGUUAUUAUCCAAAGAAAUACCACACUUAGUCGCACAGACGCUGGUAUUCUUUUUGGUCCCUGUAGGACCGAUUCCCUCGACCAAUGGCCGGGUAUGAAGUGGUGUUUCAUACACGCGCAGUCAUCUAGCUUCACAAUCAGCGCAAAUCCAAUACCUAUUCUAGAUGGUAUGAUUGCGGAGGCACUGAUUAUACCAAAGAAGAGCGUUCGUUUUACUUUUACAGGUGAUGAUCAAUCGCAUCAUCCAAUACAUAUAUCACGCUCUACGGCUGCUGACGUCGUUGCUCUACUCGGUUCUCCUCAACAAACAUUUGAAAAAAGGGACAACAGAUUGGGAGUUUAUGCGACAAAAAAUCACAGUUCAUCUUCCAAAGGGGUGUUUUACAAUUAUCCUUCGUUUGGUGUUGAUAUCCUCCUCAAUAGCAUCAGUCAUACAGUCGAAAAGAUUAUAUUGCACUCGAAUGUACCGGCUACACCACUAUUUCAGGCGUACAAUCGAUGUAUGUGGCGCAUUAGUAAUGAUGAUAAGGUGAAUGGGAAUAAAUAUGAGAAUGGUAAUGGCAAACAACGUGGAACUGACAAGCAACGUGACCAUGGAAAGCAGCGUGAAAAUGACAAACAGAUUGAAUUCACAGAUAAGAUCGAUACAAUCUUGUCAAAGCUACACAACCACGCACAAGUGGAUAAAAUGGUUUUAGAUAGAGCGCAUGAAGUGGGGCUGAGAGAGUGGGAUGCUAGUAUGGGAAUGAUGGAGCUCGUUAGUAUUGACAGGCUGGGUGUAAUAAUGGAGGUGACCAGGAAGGGAGACGUCUCGAAUGUAUGUAUACACGAUUAG